AUGCAGUGGUUGGUGGCUUCAGCAGUGGUUUUGGUGGCGUUGGCCGUCGGAAAAUCGGAGGAGACAGAACCGCGGCCGGUCGGGUGCACUAACGACGCCUGUCGACUCGCCCAACUCGGCUUCUACUUCCCACAGGUCCGACAAGAUUAGAGAAGAAGCUUUCCGGUUAAAAAAUGACAAGAAUUUGAACCUUCGAGUUGGAAUUUAGAAAAAGCCUUUUUAAACUUUCUAAAAGAAAAAAAAAGCUCAGGAAUUUUUUGACUUAUCUCUACAUGUAUAAGGGUUUGGGGAAAACAGCUAAAAAAAUAUCGACUAGCAUGUCCCCUGUAGGGGCCACUUUUGCAAGAUUUAGUUGCCCCUAUAGGUGUUGGUAAAGUGGUUCCUACCCUUCAAGGGCCUUUAAGGUUGCCCCUUGAGGGGCCACUCUGGGUUUCCUGAGUAAGCAAUCCUUUUAAAUUUUUUUAUCAUUCGGUAUUAGAAUUAGAAGAUAUCCAAACGACGGAAUAAUGCAAAAAAUGUAUUGUUAACAAUUUUUCCUCCUUUCAAAAACAGGAUAUUGAGCAAGAAAAUUUGAAUUUCUCCUUAAGAAAAGCUGUCAUUUUUGAUGGUUUUUUUUUCUGAAUAACGAAAACGUGGCUCUUUACUAUUACUCUAUUCUCGGAUUGGAAAAUUUUUCUCCCCAAGUAAUUUGUCAACACAACUCCUUUUGUCCUCAGAAAUUUUUGGAAAAAAAAAUGGGAACGAAUAAAUUUUGCGCCUCCCUGACGUCAUCUUCUUUCAGGAGCUUCUCGAGCCGUCCUCCGCUGAUCUGAGCAAUACCGAGCAAGUCCCACGCCCACAAAUGAACUUGGUCGACUCGGACAGUUCGCAGCAACGUCAACAGCAAGCUGGAACUUUCAAACGUAAUUAUUUGAUUUUUUGAGAGGUGUGGGGAGGGUUGUGAGUUCGGAUCCUCUCGGGAAAUGGCAAAAAAGGGGUUUUGAAGUGGCUCAAUGGUUAAGUUUAUAAGUCACUGCCCAAGGGGGUGUAGGUUCGAGUUUCCUCCAAAAAUAGUAAAUUUUUUUUCCUUGUAAUCGGAAUUAAGGAUGCCACCUUAUAAUGUUUGAAAAAAAGCCGAAUUUUCGGAAUUUUCUUUUCAUAAGCUUUAUUUUCGAGUUCUUCAUGGUCCUUUGUCAAACACUAUUCUCCUAUAGAGAAAAGUAAGAAAUUUAAUCAAAGUCGGCAUAAUUAUUGCCCAUUAUCGCGGCCCAUUCUAGUACGACAUUUUAUUUCGUUUUUUUCCACCUAUUUUCCGUGUUUUCUUCAACAAAUUCUUGUAUCAAUGAUAUAUUGGAUUAUUAGUUUGUGGGCUGGUGUUUGAACCGGAAAUUUCAAAAGAUACAUUUAUUUUUGGUUAGUAUAGUUACAUUGUAGAGCCAGACUUUUUCUUGUUUAGGAGAGGUACGUUUAGGAAGUUGUAAUUGAAUUGGGGAUGAGACAUGUGAUGAAUAAAUGAGCGGGGAAAGUUAUGAGUGUCUUGAGGAGAUAAUAAAAAAUGAGAAGGGAAGGAUGGACACUGGAGGCUGUACGAAGUUAUUGGGAGAUUGAGUAAGAAAUCGGUGAAAAUCUUUUUUUUUUAAUUGUGUCUUGACGGUCGGAAAUUUCUAUAGUCACACAGAACAACGAGAGAAUAUUAUUAGCUUCGAAAAAAAGGAAAAAAAAACCAUAGAAAAGUUGAGAAGUUUGGCUCUGAAACCCCAAAAUUUGCAGUACUUAGACGCGAAACGGACGUGUCGGGGCAUUUCUAGAGACCACUUUAGUACCGUCAGCCCGCUUAAGUGAUCCCUAGGAUCGCCCAGAAACGAAAUUUCCGAGGUAUCUGAACUUAAGAAUCGAUGAAAAAGCUAGCGGCUCAUCCAUUGGACAAGAAAAUUGUCUCAAAAAGUUUUUUUCGAAAUUAAAAAUUUAGAACCAUUUUGGGAAGCUUACCUGUAGUAAACGAUUAGCCGUAGAGAAAUAGAUUUCUAAAAAAUAUCUUGCAAAAAUCGGCAAAUAAUAGAGUUUUGAGGCGUUUUUGGAACUUGAGCCGCAGCGCGACCGCAACGCAUUUAACGAUUCUCCACCCAAAUAAUGGUUCUUAAAGGAAAACGCGACUACGACUUUGUCCGAUUCGGCCGUUCAUCGGGACCCAGCAAGAAGGCGUCGUCCUACGACUACAUCCGCUUCGGCCGCAAGUAG